AUGUCACCACCACCCUCUGGCGGCAAGCGCGAGUCUGCGCAGGCGCGACUUCUCGGUUCGGGUCUGUCCGGCAUUGCCGAGCUGCUCGUCUUCCACCCGGUCGACACGGUGGCCAAACGACUCAUGUCGAACAAGGUCUCUGGGCUCUCGAUGGCUCAGGUGGUCUUCAAGGACAAAGCCUCGGCCAACUUGUCCACCAAGUUCGUCUCCCUCUUUCCUGGUCUUGGCUACGCUGCGGGGUACAAAGUGCUUCAACGCAUCUACAAGUUCGGCGGACAGCCGUAUUUCAACGACUACCUCACCUCGCAUCACAAGUCCAAGUUCGAUUCUCUCUUCGGUGAACGUGCUGGUAAAUCGAUCAUGUCUGCCACAGCCGGAUCGCUGACCGGUAUCGGUGAGAUUGUCUUGCUGCCACUGGACGUGCUCAAGAUCAAACGUCAGACCAACCCGGAAGCCUUCCGUUCGCGUGGCUUCCUCCGUAUCUUGGCAGAUGAAAACGUCAACCUCUACCGCGGUUGGGGUUGGACCGCCGCCCGCAACGCCCCCGGCUCCUUCGCCCUCUUCGGCGGCUCCGCUUUUACCAAGGAAUACAUCUUCGGCUUGAAAAACUACAACGAAGCUACCUGGACCCAAAACUUCUUCGCCUCCAUCGGCGGUUCCGUCGCCUCCAUCACCGUUGCUGCCCCACUGGACGUCGUCAAGACAAGAAUCCAGAACGCAAACUUCGAAAGCAAGGUCGGUGGCGUCACCAUCAUGAAGGACAUGAUCCGGGAGGAAGGGUUCAGUGCCUUCUUCAAGGGUCUGACGCCAAAGGUGCUGGUCGUUGGGCCGAAGCUGGUGUUCAGCUUCACGAUCGCGCAGAGCUUGAUCCCCUUCUUCGGACGAUAUGUGUAG